AUGGCAAGCAAAGUGAUUAUUUAUAUUUCGUUUUAUUUGUACGUUUUAAUACGAGUAUCUGAAACUGCUUCUACCGUGCAGACAAUAAAUGGAAAAAUUAAAAUAACAGUUGGUACAGCUUCGGGUUGUCGUGACACUGCAAAUUUUAUAAACCACCAACUCAAACCAGCUUAUGAUCAGUACAGUCAAUUCUUGGAGCUUGAAUUUGUGCCUUGGGGUAGAACAAGAAGGAACCAGAAUGGAACCGUGACAUGCCAAUUUGGACCUAACGACUGCUGGGCUAACCGUCUACAUAGAUGUGCCUUACAUUUAUUAAAAGGCAAUCAGCAUGCUCAGUUAAAUUAUAUGUUGUGUGAGUUUUCAAGUUACCCAGCAUAUUUGCAAACGAGCUAUUUGUGUGCACAAGCCGUUGGAUUGAACUUGAUUGACGUUGAUUAUUGUAUCGUUUCGUCUAGUGAUUCCCUUGAAAUAAUUGCUGAAGAAGCAUCAAUUGCGCCGAUGGAAGCGAUAAACUUUGUACCUUUCAUAACAUUUAAUGACGUUAUUGAUGUUAACGUACACAAUCAAGCAAGGAGACGACUAAACAGCGUUUUGUGUUUUGCCUUAGCUGAUGAUCCUUCUACAGGAAUCACUAAGUGCAAAAUUUAA